UGAUGUUCUACCUCAUUAGUGAGGUACUUAACCAAACAAUUCUCAUAGGAACAGUUCACAAUGGCCCGGUAUAGUGAUACGGCCUUGCAUUCCCACACAUCCGGCAAUCCACCAUGACCAAAGACAAGACACCCCUCGUAGACGCCCUCAUCGUCGGCGGUAGCCACGCCGGCCUAUCAGCCGCGCUAACGCUAUAUCGCGCACUUCACACGACGGUAAUCUUCGACGACAACAAACCCCGCAACCACUACGGCACAGCGGUGAGACACACUUCAACAUGGGAAGGCAAAACCCCCGACGAGAUGCGCGAGGCCUCUCGUAAAGAGCUCCUGAGCACAGGCUUAACGACCUUCGUCGACCGCAGCGUCGAAACGCUGGUUAAGACCGACGACGGCAUCUUCGAAGCCACAGACGACACGGGUGCCAAAUGGCGCGGCAGGAAGCUUCUCCUGGCCACGGGCUCAACGGACGUGUUUCCCGACAUAGACGGGUACCAGGAUCUGUACACACGCGGCAUAUACCCCUGCAUGUUCCAAUUCGGCUACGAGCUCCGCGGUUCCUCAUCCGCAGGCCUCCUCGCCGUCGACGGGCUAGCACAGCCCAUGUUCGCAACAAUGCUAGCGCGCGACGCCGCCAAAUCCGCUGACGAAGUCACCAUCUACACGAACGGCAACGGCACCCUAGCCGCGGAGCUCUCCGCAUCGCAACUCGGAUCCGGCGUGUUCGUCGACGACCGGCCGAUCGCGCGGUUAAGCCGGGGCGCGGGGGCGUUGAGCAUUCUGAUCACGUUCACGGACGGGACGUGGAAGACGGAGGAUUUCGUACACCAUCGACCGCUGACGCGCGUGGCGGGACGGUUCGUGGAGCAGUUGGGCUUGGCGCUUUCCGAGACGGGGGAUAUUUUGGCGCCGUUGCCGUUUUGCAGGACGAGUGUGGAGGGGGUGUAUGCGGCGGGGGAUUGUGCGAGCUUGAUGAAGAUUAUUCCGAAUGCGGUUGUUACGGGCGCGUAUGCUGGGUGUGGGAUGAGUAGGGAGUUGCCGAAGAGUGAGGUGAAGGGGGUGGUGUAGGUAGGUAGGUAGGUACUUAUACAGUAUUAAGCAAGUGAUUGCGGAACCUAUUUAAGUUUUAUUUGGUUUGUAGACCUAGUUGCCUAGCCACUUGUGCUUUACACGAUGUACCUAGCAUCAAUCCGAAAGCUGGUCCUGUAGUUUACCUAGACUAUGGGUCAUAAAGGAAUGGUGACCACUACCCAUUCCCCCAAAU